ACCGGCUCCUCUUGAUGUGGGAUCCCGGGCAGGUCGCGCUCUCUGUCGGUCUUGUGCUCUUCGCAGCUCUCGCCGCCGGUUUCGCGCUCCACUUCUUUGCGGGACUCUUUCGCUCGAGGAGGAAGCCGGCACUUCUGGAUCCGCCAGCAGGUGCUGCCAACAUGUCGAACCCCAGCGAGAAGCAGCAGGAUGCCACCACCCUCGGGGUGGGCAGGGCCAUCGCGGUGCUGACCUCUGGAGGAGAUGCACAAGGGAUGAAUGCGGCAGUGAGAGCGGUGGUCCGAGUUGGCAUUUACACGGGGGCCCGGGUCUUCUUUGUCUAUGAGGGAUAUCAAGGAUUGGUGGAUGGAGGAAACAACAUCCGGGAGGCCUCCUGGGAGAGCGUGUCCAUGAUGCUGCAGCUGGGUGGCACAGUGAUUGGCAGCGCCCGCUGCAAAGACUUCCAAACCCGAGAAGGGCGGUUGGCAGCAGCCUGCAACCUGGUGAAACAGGAUAUUACCAACCUGUGUGUGAUUGGCGGGGAUGGGAGCCUGACGGGUGCCAACCAGUUUCGCACCGAGUGGAGCGGACUGCUAGAUGAACUUGUCAAGGCGGGGCGGAUUACAAGCGGCGAAGCCAAGAAAUCCAGUCACCUGAACAUCGUGGGGAUGGUCGGGUCGAUUGACAAUGACUUCUGUGGCACAGACAUGACCAUCGGGACAGACUCGGCUUUGCAUCGCAUCAUGGAGGUGGUGGAUGCGAUCACCACGACUGCACAGAGCCACCAGCGGACGUUUGUCCUGGAGGUGAUGGGCCGCCACUGCGGGUACCUCGCUCUGGUGACCGCGCUGGCCUGUGGAGCGGACUGGGUGUUCAUUCCCGAAAUGCCUCCGGAGGACAACUGGGAGGUGCAUCUGUGCCGGAGGCUGUUGGACACGAGAGAGAGAGGCUCACGGCUGAAUGUGAUCAUCGUGGCAGAGGGGGCCAUCGACAAGUCCGGCAAACCCAUCACCUCUGACAUGGUGAAAGACCUGGUGGUGAAGAAGCUCGGCUACGACACGAGGGUCACCAUCCUGGGACACGUCCAGAGAGGUGGCACGCCUUCCGCUUUUGACCGGAUCCUGGCCAGCAGGAUGGGAGUGGAAGCCGUCAUGGCACUCCUGGAAGCCACGCCAGACACCCCAGCCUGUGUGGUCAGUCUGUCCGGCAACCAGGCCGUCAGGCUGCCGCUCAUGGAGUGUGUGCAAGUGACUAAGGAUGUGACCAAAGCCAUGGCGGAUGGACGAUUUGAGGAAGCCAUCAAGCUAAGAGGACGGAGUUUUGAGAACAACUGGAGCACCUACAAGAUGUUGGCACAUGUGCAUCCGCCUGAGGGCAAGAGCCCUUUCAACAUUGGCAUCAUGAACGUGGGGGCGCCGUGUGCUGGAAUGAACGCAGCCGUACGCUCGGCAGUGAGGAUUGGCAUCAUACAGGGGCAUCACAUGUUUGCUAUUCAUGAUGGCUUUGAGGGAUUGGCAAAGGGACAGAUUGAACCCAUCAACUGGACAGGUGUUGGUGGCUGGACGGGAAAAGGAGGGUCCAACUUGGGCACAAAGCGCACCUUGCCAGGGAAAUACUUUGAAGAAAUCAGCGAAAACAUCAGCAAGCAUAACAUCCAUGCCCUGGUGGUCAUCGGAGGCUUUGAGUCCUUCACGGGUGGUCUGGAGAUGGUGACGGCCCGCGAGAAGUAUGAGGAGCUGUGCAUACCCAUUGUGGUCAUUCCGGCCACUGUGUCCAACAACAUCCCUGGAUCGGACUUCAGCAUAGGAGCAGACACAGCCCUCAACACCAUCACGAUGACCUGCGACCGAAUCAAACAGUCGGCUGCCGGCACCAAACGGCGGGUCUUCAUCAUCGAGACCAUGGGUGGCUUCUGCGGUUACCUAGCCACCAUGGCUGGACUGGCAGCUGGGGCUGAUGCUGCCUACAUCUUUGAAGACCCUUUUACCAUCCAUGACCUUGAGCUCAACGUUGAACAUCUGGUGCAGAAAAUGAAGACGACUGUCAAGAGGGGUCUGAUCCUCAGGAAUGAGAAGUCUAACAUGAACUACACCACCGACUUCAUCUUCAAUCUGUACUCUGAAGAGGGCAAAGGAAUUUUUGACUGUCGCAAGAACGUCCUGGGCCACAUGCAGCAGGGUGGGACCCCCACCCCAUUUGACAGGAACUUUGGCACCAAGAUGGGGGCUAAGGCGGUGUUGUGGCUCUCAGACAAACUCAAGGAGUGCUACAGACACGGUCGCAUCUUUGCCAACACUCCAGAGUCGGCCUGCGUUCUUGGCAUGAGGAAGAGGCAUCUUGUCUUCCAGCCGCUGCAGGAGCUGAAGGCCCAGACGGACUUUGAGCACCGUAUCCCAAAUGAUCAAUGGUGGCUGAAGCUGCGCCCCAUCCUCAAGAUCCUGGCCAAGUACAAAAUCAGCCUGGACUACUCGGAAAAAGCGCACAUCGAGCACAUCGUCCGCAAACGGUCGGUGGAGAAGAAGUGAGUGCUGCCAGUGGGCACCAUGCGUGGCGCAGCCGUCAGCCUGCCACGGGCCUUUCAGUAGACACUGUGCCAGGUGGACUCAUUGAUUGCACCGGGCAGGAAAGGCUGCAUUGGGGGGGGGGCUCCCAUAGACUCCAACAGACUGAACAGAAGAAGCACUUAGGCUUGCCCCCCCCAAAACCUACGUGGACUUGUCAUGUGUGUGCAGAUAACCCUUAAACGUUUAAUAAAUGAUUGGUUCAUGUUCUA